AUGGCGAAGAGUGUUAGGGCCAGCGUUAUGAAGCGCAACAAGGCGAAGUUGCGCGCGAAUGUCUUUGGUCCUGUAGUUGAUGCACGCACUGAGCGACUUUCCGCAAAACUUCAGGAGCUUGCUUCUCAGCCCAAACCAACCAACCAGGAAAAUCCCAAUGAGGAGAACAAGGGUACGCUUUUAAAUCCUCUCAUGCCUGCGAUCAUUGGCUUACAGAAAACAGAAGAUAACAAUGACGCUGCUGCGGAAGUCAAACCAAGUGAAGAUAUGGAUAUCGAUACGGUGUCGACCAAGAAAUCCCAGAAGUCCGGACGCAUUCACAAACGCCAUAGCAACCGAAAGAACCGUUCAUCCAUCGUCUUUCGUCCGCAUCAAUCCAAGUCCAAGAAAGGUCCCAAGAGGAAGUGA